AUGUCGCGACCGUCCGUGCGAACCAUGGUCGCCAGCCUGGCGUGCUUCUUGUGUUUUUGGCUCGGCGUUUGGGCACGGAUAUGGUGGCAUGAGGAGCUGGACAGGAGUGAGAUUGAGAUGCUCAAGGCUGAGAAUGAACGGUGGAUCAAGCAAAGCGAAAAUUGCAUUGAAGAGUUGGAUGUCCUGAACGAACGGUGUCCUGUUCAGAGCGAUCCGAGCUGUGUCGAUGAGUUGAAGCGCCUUAAGCAGCGUUGCUCACGUGACGCUCAACAGAGUCUGGUAGGAGCAGCUUCUUUCUUCAAUGCGCUAAAGACCAUCGCUGUGACUGUCGCGGCGGCAGCGGUGGCUAUGGCCGCUGUGGCCCACCGCUGGACACACCGCCGGGUGGAGGCGCCAGAGCCAGGCGACGGUGGAGGCGCCGAGGACGCCGCGGAGGCGGCGGAGGCUCUGGCGACGGUGGAGGCGGUGGAGGCUCCUUCUCCAGCGCCAGAGUUGCAGCCGGAGACGGAGAAGGAGACAGCGACGCUUCCUUCCUCCUCCACCAGCGAUGCCAGCGAUUUGGUGGAUGAGGCGGGGAAUGACUCGGAGCAUUCCUCCUGCUUGGUUUCGAAGAACGACGCCGUCGAGCUCACCGAGCGGGUCGACCCACCAGGAGUGGCGACAGAAGCCGAAACGGACAUGUCUCAGCCGAAGAAGGAUGAUGCGAAGCCAACGCUUUUUGGCUUUGACAUGCUGGCAAGACCCAACAUUGAUCGGAUUGUCGAUUUCUUCGGCCCUCCGCUGUUGUGCAAGAUGGCCUACGGCUUGAGGCUCAUCAACAACAAUGCCACCUCCGGAGGGAACGGCCGUGACUGGAUCUGCUUCGGCGACGAAGCCUUCCGCCGCGGUAGAGCUGAAUUGCCGCUGUCGCCCAAAGGAAGUGCAGCCAUGGAGGUCCGCCGCUCCUGGCAACGGGACCGGGCUUUGAAGCGUGCAGAGCGUGCGCAGAUGACCAUGCAGGCUCAGUCUCCCGAUGGCAUGAUGAAGGCUCCACGUGGCUUGCCAGGCUUGGCCGUGCUGCAGAAGUGGCACCGAGUUCACAAUGCGCCUGUGGUGAACGACCGAGAAGGCUUGAUUGAUGCCAGGCCGCCCCCUUCUGGGCCACAGGCCACCAACGAACAGCUCGUGCACAGCCGCUCCACUGGCGCCUUGACGGAGGAUCCCAUGAUGUCCUGGCGAGCUGAGACCUUUCAGAAGCCGACGUUUCCGGUGUCCCAGUACCACUACUUCUCGGUGCCACACGUCGCCUUUGCCAAGAUCCCCGCCCCAGCGCCGGGCGACUCUCGCGUCGAGGCGGCUGAAAAGGCGGCCGAUCAGACGGAGAAGUACUUCUACUUCAGCGACCCGAUGAUCACCCGCUCCCAGAGUUUCGUCGUGGAGCAUCCGCAGCAUGGCCUGGCGAGGCGGCUUUUGAUUUGGGACUGUUCCAAGGAUUCCUUUCAUUGGGGGGAGACUCGCCAACCUGUGAAUUGGCGGCCGAAGCCAGGAGAUGAUGUUGGGGGCUUCUUCCAGGGUUGCGCGGCGGUGCCCUACCAUGUGCGAUGGGAGGAUGGAGGCCGUCUCCGCGUUCGGGGACUUUUUGGACUCCACUUGGCCCAAGCAGUGCUCGAGCAGCUGCCAGAGAGGUCGGGGCUUCCUCCAGCGGUGGGGUCGACCUGUUUUGAGUCCUUGGACUCCGACCUGGUGCAAGCGAGCCUUCGGGUACACAGCUUCGGAACGCCCAUCUUCGAGACGCAGAAUGAGCUGCAGGCCAACGCGGACUCCAGACUCCGCCUGUGCUGGCGAAAUCCGUCCCAUUGCUGGGCGGCAGUGGCCAAGAUGGAGUACAUCGACGUGGCGGCGGCGCUGGCUUCGGAGGAAGACGAUCUUUCCGGGUCCGGCUCCGCCACGUUCCUCUUGCUGAUGUCCCCUGCCUGCCAAAUGGAGGAGUCGGCGCUGCUGGCGGUGCGGCUGCUGGAGCGGGACGCAUCCAGCGAUGCGGCGACCAGCGGGGCGGAAGGUGUGGCCGAGGCCGAGGCUUUCCAGCGGCUGGUGGUGGUGGAGGUCCUUCUGCAGGAGCUCCAGCCCGGGCUCUUUGAGCAACCUCGAGUGCACCGACAGCUCGCAAGGUGGACCCCUUUUGAUCCUGAUGGGGAGCCCUAUCCUGAGGAGGAUGUGGAGGGCUUCACGCAACACUGCCACCGCGCUGCAGUGGGGCCCACGGAUACCCGCGCCCUUUGGCACCAGAUCUUUGGGCGAGUUCUCUGCAGUCCCAGCGUGGUCUCGCGACCCGAGGACUUCACCGGCUUUGCGGAGGGCUUGAAGAUCUACAUCCAGCCGUUGCCCAGCUUGGUGAAUGCCGACCGCUUGGUCGUGGCCAGUCUAGUGCGCUUGGCCUACAACUACACCUGCGAUGCUGGCAUUUUUCUUUGCAGUGAAGAUCGCUGGGAUGGCAGUUGGUCCACCUGGCGACAGUACAUAGGCGAAGUGGCUUUGCUGCAGAAGUUCCUCACGGCACCGCCGGAGGUCCUGGUGACCAAUGCCUCAGAGGCGGACCUCAUCCUCGUGCCACUUUUGUCGCAAUUCCUGAGCAACUGGUGGAUCUUCAAGCAGGCGGCGCGCGGCUGCCCCCGGGAGCUUCUGAAGUACCUGAAGCACAUGGAGUGGCCUCAGAAGUAUGGCAUUCACGUCUUUCCCUAUGCGGAUCACAUGAUGAACAUGAGGGAACACGACGUGGGGGGCCUGCUCUCGAUCUACGCCAUGUCCACGGACACGAUCUUCAUCUCCUUCGGCACCGAGAUGGCCAGCCCUACGCACAUCACCAUGCCCUCCCUCCUGACGGAUCCAAAUCUGCAGCCUUCCGCUGAGGUGUUGAUGGAGAAGGAUAUCUUCCUGAUUUACUCAGAGAGCAUCGGCUGUUGCCACCCGGUGCGGAAGUUCCUCUAUGACAGCCUGGAGCGCUUCUGCGACCGCGCUGCUCCCGCGGCAGGGAGCACACGCGUCCAGCGCCGGUGUUUGCUGCAGCCGCGCAGCCGGUCCAAGCCCAGUGAUGCGACGGAGCCCUCACGGCAGACCCAUGGGCUUUCGCAGGCAGACCAGGCCUCGUUCAAUGAUGCGAUGCGCCGCAGCAUCUUCUGCCCCAUGGGGCCGGGGGAUACUCCUCACAGGCACAAGUUCUACCAUGCCAUCUUGGCGGGAUGCAUUCCGGUGCUCUUCGACUUCGUUUCCUACUUCCCGGGACAGAGGAGUUGGUGGCGCGAGUAUGGCUCUCCCUACCAGUACUCCGUGCCGUUCCCUGAGGACAUCCCUUAUGGAGACAUGGUGGUCGUGGUGCCCUGCGAAGACUACGCAGCCGCGGCGGAGCACCUGGUGCAACGGCUGCAGCGGAUGACGCUCGAGGAGAUCGCCCGUCGCCAAGCCUUGCUGCGGCGCGCGCGGCAGUUCAUGACCUUCCAGUGGGAUGGAUCUCAGCCGGACGCCUUCACGGCCAUCAUGCAGCGGAUUGGGCGCUUUGUGCGCAAGCAACCGCAGAUCCGGUAG